UUUUUUUUUGGGAAGGAUGGACUGAAACAUUGAAUCAAUUACUGGUCGCUGUAGCUCAAGCGCAUUUGUGAGCGCGGCUGUAGACGCGGACGCUGGGGCGCACAUAUGCUAGCUCUCACAGUGAAGGAUCGUGGCAAUAGGAUUACUAAUACAACUGCAAUUGAACCGAUCCGAAAGAUUUUAUGCUCCAAAUUUCCUUUUACUGGGAUUUAAUACUGGCACAUAAUCCAAGGGAAUAUAAAAGCUGAAUUAACCAUCCCUGACCAUGGAUGAUGCAAGGACAUGUCUCAUCCUUGGGAUUAUUUUAUGCGGGAUUAUAUCAGUUACCUGUGGACGGACGCCACCAGCAAUUGUAUCAACUGAAGAUACGUUUUUUGUCAAGCCACAUUCCAUGUUCAACAUCAGCUGUACUGGCAAAAUGCAAGUUAUCUGGGUCGAGCCCCUGCCGGACAACGCAUUCGUUAUGCCUGGAUACUACACAGCCACGCUCUUCAUCUACAACGCUUCCGUGGCAAACACCGGACAUUACACCUGCAAAUAUGAAGGCGAUGAAGAUGAUAAUGAGGAAAAUAUGGCGUCAAUAUACAUUUUUGUCCCAGAGAUUGAGGACUUCAAUGUAGAGGUGAAGGCCAGCGAGGAGGCAGUGAGACUUGGGGAGUCCUUCAACAUCACCUGUGUAGCUCCUCUAGGACUGCCCUACCAGCAGCAGUGGCUCCACCCCAGGAAACAGGCUGUGGAUGCCGUCCAGAUGAAGCAGACCAUGCCUGACAGAGUGGUUUACAUACUCAGUUUCCCAGCAGCCUCCUCUCAGGACAGUGGGGUGUAUGAGUGCUCCAUCGCCAAUAACUUCACUGGAGAGAUCAGAGCCAACCGGGUGUCGGUCACUGUUUUUGGGGAGAGCUCCUUUGUUAAGUUAGACCACAGGGGGAUCGGAGCAGUGGAGUUUGUCAGUGUGAUGGAGGAGACAGAGUUCAACAUUUUUAUGGAAGCAUUCCCUGCCCCUAAAGUCACCUGGCUGAAAGAUGGUAUCGCCGUCACCGAGAACAGCUACCUACUCACUAAGACCAGCCACCUGGAGGGCAGCCGGUAUCAGGGCACUCUGACUCUUCGGCAGCCCCUAGAGAAGGACAGUGGUAACUACACCGUUGUUGUCCUGAGCAGCCCUCACGUAGCCCAGUUCUCCUUCACCCUCAAAGUGAAAGCCUCAGGUCUGGACAUGUUCCAGCCUGCUUCGGCCCCGGUGUUGUUCCCCCAGGAAGAGGAGAUGGUUGUGCCCCUUCACACCCCCUUCACCUUGAUCUGCCGGGGCGAGGCCGAGCUGGCCUGGGACACACCCGUCUACCUACCCGAACAGAGGGAGGAGGACAACAGCGGCCUGUUCGUCACCACGGUUACCGUGGAUAACGCCACAGCAGCCCACACGGGCCUUUACAGCUGCUACUACAACAGCGGAAACUCUACCGAGGAGGGCGAUGAAAGCAGCAUCUAUGUCUAUGUGCCAGAUCCAGAGGUGCCUUUCGUGCCCUCCCCGCUGGUGUUCAACAAUCACGUCCUGAGCGGCCACGACGAGAUGGAGAUCCAGUGCCGCGUGUCGGACCCCGCCGCCAACGUAACCCUCAUCAACGCCGACACCCAGCAGCCCGUGCCAAUAACCGCUUACAACAGCAAGAGGGGCGCGGUGGGGUUCUUCAACGCGGGAACCUACGUGUGCGUGGCCGUCAUCGACGGCGAGGAGCACUUCAGCGAGGAGUACAUUGUUCACGGCUGGGUGGCGGGAAUGGACCUGCGCGUGGAGCUGAAGGCCCAGAAGACUGCCCUCCUGGUGGGGGACACCAUCACUGUGACCUGUGUGGCUCGAGGCUCUGAGAUCCUGGAUGACCACUGGAAGUACCCUGGGAAACUGGCCAACCGUGGCUCCAAGGCGGUGCGGGAGAACAAGAGGGACCAGGAGAUUGAGUACACCCUGACCAUCCCCCGAGCCACGGCCAAAGACAGUGGCGUCUACGCCUGCUCUAUCACUGACAUCAUCAGCAACGAAAGCCAGACCAAGGAGCUGACCAUCAAUGUCUAUGAGAGGCCAUUCGUGUCACUGCAUCCAAGGUUCACCUCCCAGGAGUCAGCAGAGCUGGAUGAGGUCAAAGAUUUCCAAGCUGAAAUUGACUCCUUCCCCAGCGCCCAGGUCACAUGGCUCAAAGAUGGCCUCCCCCUCAACGACGUGGCUGCUGAGAUAAUCACCACCAUCCAGCAGGUUAGCGAGACCAGGUACCAGAGUGUUCUGACCCUGAUCCGGGCCAAGGAGGAGGACUGUGGAAACUACACCAUCCGAGUGCACAAUGGAAACCAGACGCGCAGUCACACCUUUAGCCUACAGGUCAAAGUGCCUGCAGUCAUUGUGAACCUGAUGGACCUCCACCAAGGCUCAGUCUCUGGUCAGUCCGUAGUGUGUAUUGCUGGGGGCAUGCCCACUCCUCAGGUGGACUGGUUUAUCUGCAAGAACAUCAAACUCUGUGCCAACGAUUCAUCUCAGUGGUUGCCCCUGCCAACCAACAACACAGAGAUCACCGUGGAGACGCACAUUGACCAAGACAACCUGCUGGAGAGUCAGGUGAUCUUCGGGCGGCUGGAUAACACCCUGGCUGUCCGCUGCCUGGCCAGAAACGAGAUGGCCACCGUCAGCAGGGAAGUCAAGCUGGUGUCAGCAGGCCAUCGCUCUGAGCUGACCGUAGCCGCCGCUGUCCUGGUACUGCUGGUCAUUGUCAUCAUCUCACUCAUUGUCCUCGUCAUUAUCUGGAAACAGAAGCCUCGCUAUGAGAUCCGUUGGAGAGUGAUCGAGUCGGUGAGCCCUGACGGUCAUGAGUACAUCUACGUGGACCCCAUGCAGCUGCCCUACGACUCCAGAUGGGAGUUCUCCCGCGAUGGCCUCGUCCUGGGUCGUAUCCUAGGCUCUGGGGCCUUUGGGAAGGUGGUGGAGGGAACUGCAUACGGACUCAGCCGCUCCCAGCCCGUCAUGAAGGUGGCUGUGAAGAUGCUCAAACCCACAGCCCGUUCCAGUGAAAAACAGGCCCUGAUGUCAGAGCUGAAGAUCAUGACUCAUCUGGGCCCUCAUCUCAACAUCGUCAACCUGCUGGGGGCCUGCACUAAGUCAGGCCCCACCUACAUCAUCACUGAGUACUGUUUCUAUGGAGACCUGGUCAACUAUCUGCACAAGAACAGAGAGAACUUCCUCAACCUGCACCCGGAGAAGACCAAGAAAGACCUAGAUAUCUUUGGCAUCAACCCUGCAGACGAGAGCAGCAGGAGCUACGUGAUCCUGUCCUUCGAGGCUGGCCGAGGGGACUACAUGGACAUGAAGCAGGCAGACACCAUGCAGUACGUACCCAUGCUGGAGAUGAGUGACGCCUCCAAGUACUCUGACAUCCAGAGGACUGAAUAUGACCACCCGCCAUCACAGAAGGGGGAGAACGAGAUGGACAGCCUCCUGUCAGAUGACGGAAGCGAGGGCCUCAGCACCUUAGACCUUCUCAGCUUUACCUACCAGGUGGCCAGAGGCAUGGAGUUCCUAUCCUCUAAGAACUGUGUGCAUCGGGACCUGGCAGCCAGGAACGUCCUUCUAUCUCAGGGGAAGAUAGUUAAGAUCUGUGACUUCGGCCUGGCCAGAGACAUCAUGCAUGACAAUAACUACGUCUCCAAAGGCAGUACCUUCCUGCCUGUGAAAUGGAUGGCUCCUGAGAGUAUCUUUGACAACAUGUACACCUCCCUCAGUGACGUCUGGUCCUACGGCAUCCUCCUCUGGGAGAUCUUCUCUCUAGGUGGGACUCCAUAUCCAGGAAUGGUGGUGGACUCCAGCUUCUACAACAAGAUCAAGAGUGGUUACAGGAUGGCCAAACCAGAGCACGCCCCGGCUGAUUUGUAUGACAUGAUGAUGAAAUGCUGGAACAGUGAGCCUGAGAAGAGGCCCUCCUUUUACAGCUUGAGUGAGAGCGUUGUGUCCCUGCUGCCCUCCGGCUACAAGAGGUGCUUUGAAAGGGUGAACCAUGAGUUUCUGAAGAGUGACCACCCGGCCGUGACCAGGGUCCAGGUGGAGAGUGACGAUGCCUACAUUGGGAUCACCUAUAAGAACCAGGGCAAGUCCAAGGACAGGGAGAGUGGCUUCGACGAGCAGCGCCUCAGCUCUGACAGCGGUUACAUCAUCCCGCUCCCCGACCUGGACCCUUUGUCUGACGACGAGUACGGCAAGAGGAACCGCCACAGCUCCCAGACAUCCGAGGAGAGUGCCAUAGAGACAGGCUCCAGUUCCACACUGACCAAGAGGGAAGGAGAGACCCUGGAGGACAUCACCUUAUUGGAUGAAAUGUGUCUGGACUCAGAGCUGGUGGAGGAUAGCUUUCUGUGACAAAGAGAAGACUAAAACAUGCCAAAGAGAUACUGGCGGGUUGAGGUGGAGUGGGGGGUGAACAGAAACUCUCAGACCACCCCCAAAGAACCCGCCCCGCCAACCGCCUAUCUCAGUACCCCCCUCCUCCCCCGCCCGAAUACCUUCCCUUUGAAGGGGACAGAGCAAAACCACUUCACUGCUUGGACGAGUCUGUGGACAAAUUAUGGUAUGAUCGCCUGCCAUUCCCUCCUCGGACAGACGGCGCCCCCUGUGGGCCCGGGGGUGCAGGCAGCGUGGUUAGUUGGUAUGCUGAGUACUCGCCACUUUCCGGAGGGCGGGGCCUCUUUGGAACGUUCUACUGUUGGGUGGGACUAACUGGACUUGAAUAUGGAGGAAGAUUGUUUUUGUUCGAUAAAUGUACUGAAUCUUAUCCUAAUGGGCAUUCCCGAAAACAGCAAUAUAAGCGUGGAUGGAUGAAGGGAUCGGAAUGAAUCCGGCUUGAAUAUCGAAAACCCAGAAUGACCAGCAGUUUAUCUCAGCCGUGCUGAACCACUACACCCAGACCCACUAUUUAAAGCCCGUCACACCUGUACCAGCUUACAGCAGGCUUUACAUCCCAACUCCCCUACCUGGAGCUUACAAUAAAUACACUACAUCUGAUGCUGGCACAAUCAGUAGCUAUACUUUAAAGAUUAAAAGCACAAUCUGUAUGUUUAUAUACAUGACCAUAUGACAUACAGUAAUUGAACUCAAUAGCUAAAUAAGUGCAGCAGUUCGAGUAUAUUUUUGUACUUUUUAUCCUUUUAUCCCGUAUAGUGUUUUAAAGAUGUGUUAUUGGUGAUACUGGGUUGAGGAGGUGAUGGUAAGUUUCAAAGACGACUAUAACUAUCAUAAUGUGCAAGUCGCAUGCAGCUUAAUGACAUUAGCGAACUCCAAAGACAAGAUGUUUAUACUAAUACGUUUCCCGUGUUUUCUCCUGUCACAUAUCUAGAUAUGUAUAGGAAAGGCCCCAGUGUGAUUGUAAUGUAAAUAGUGGUAGAGUUUUAUAUAUAUAUGCGAAAAGAACUGGAGGUUAAAUGCCAGUAUCAUAUGCGACCCAAUUUGAACCUGUGAAACCUAUCUUUCAAAACUAUAGACUCCUUUUCUGUAACCCUCACGAUAUACACAAAUAACCAUAGAGCAUAAUCCAUUACAUUUUGAAUCUGUAACUUGUGUAUGUUGUGAAAUUUGACCCUUUUUAUUUUUUUUAUUCACAUGGUAAAAUGAGUGUGAAUGACAUUGAAGCUGGGCCAAGGUACAUGUAUGUGUGUGUUAGUACAGCAUGAAAGACUCGUUGUUGUUUUCAAGCUUUGAGCUAACACCGUUCUAAUAAUAAUACUGUUCAACUGACCUGAAUUAUAAACACAAAAGCUGAAAACACCAAAACCAUUUGAUUUGAUGCUUGUGCAGUCCUCAGGCUUCUUAAAGCCGAGGAACUAGCGGAAAGGUAAUCAUCCAAAUCAAAAAGUUUUUUUGCUAUGGGCAGCAGUGAACUGAAUGAUGUCAUAUCUACAGCCCACUCACUGUCAUGCACGGUGGAAAUGGCACAGGUGUUGUAAUCAAUGUAUAAUACACUAGUUUACCAGACAUAACGUGAGGUCAUACGUCAUUAAGUGUAUGCUCACUGUUUAAUCCUUCAGUAUCUCCUACCAGCUGUCCUCACUGCCUCUGUCCGUCCCUACUGUCAAACUGUGCUGUUCUCUGACAUCACAUUUAGACUGUUGCACUUUUUUUUCCCUUUAGUUUUCCUGGUAUAUGAUGUGAGAAAUGACUGGGUUUUUUAUUUGAGAGAAUGGCUCACUGGGCUCUGGAAGGUUUCCUCUUUACUGCAGCAGCGUUGUGAAUGUGGAAGAGAAGAAAAGGGGGAAGGGCGAUGAAGUAUAAUCCAUGGUACAGUAUCUGUCUUUAUAGGUAGUUAUCCCCAAUGCCUGGAAGUUAUCCUCAUGUUUCAUUAUGCAUUAUGUACAUUCAGAUGAUUUAUAUUUCAAUAAAAGAUUUAAUAGUG